ACUCGAUUCAACCUCGUCAAUGCACGUUGCGAGCGGAUACUCUACCGGAUUUUGUAUCUUACGUUGCGGCAACGUUGCGCCAAUUUCUGUACCCAUUGCCAGAUCCCGAUCGCUUUUUCGAGGGGACUAAAAAUCACACUCGCCGCCUCCCUCACUCCAGAUUCCUCCCGAGAGCAGUAGAUCCCCCACCUCAUGGGCAACAGCAGCAGCAGCAACGCCGGUGGCACAGCCAACGUGCGACCACACGGCAAGCGCAACAACGCGUCUCACCGCCGCGCUCAACAGCAAAAGGCAGCGCAGGCAGCACAAGUCGCGCAACAGGCAGCAGCUCCAGCAACCGCUCCCUUGCCUCCCGCUGCACCAGCGGCUGUGCGUCGCAACCCGCAGACACGCGAGCGCAAGGCCUUCAAGGAACUAAUUACCGGCGAAUUGCGCGACGUGAACCAGUCCUACGACAUCGAGAAGAAAGAAUUGGGCCACGGUCACUAUGGCACAGUGCGCGUGGGCGUGAGCAAGGCCACAGGUGAGAAAGUGGCCAUCAAAACCAUCCCCAAGGCCAAGGUGAGUCGUCCGGAGACUAUGCGUCGGGAGAUCAGCAUUCUCAAGACUCUGGACCACCCGAACAUCAUCAAACUCUACGACGUGUGCGAGGGCAACCGCCACUUGCACUUAGUCACGGAGCUCUGCACAGGUGGAGAGCUCUUCGACCGUAUCAUUGCACGUGGCCACUACAGUGAAGCUGAUGCCGCUGUGCUCGUCCGCAAGAUCUGCGACGCCGUCAAGCAUUGCCAUGACCGCGACAUUUGCCAUCGCGAUCUCAAGCCUGAGAACUUUUUGUUCGCUACUAAAGCCGAAGACGCCGAGCUUAAGGUCAUUGACUUUGGUCUGUCCCGUAUGGACGACGGGCUGAGUGCCGGUGUCAUGACUACACGUGUGGGUACGCCCUACUACAUUGCCCCCGAGGUGCUGGGUCGCCACUAUGACAAGUCGUGUGAUCUGUGGAGUAUCGGUGUCAUCAUGUACAUCCUACUGUGUGGAUAUCCGCCGUUCUACGGCGACACGGACCCGGAGAUCUUCGCUUCGGUGCGUGCUGGACGCUACGACUUUGACUCGCCCGAAUGGACCAACGUGAGUCAUGAGGCCAAAGAUCUUAUCAGUCACUUGUUGCUAGUGGACCCAUCGAAGCGUCUGACUGCUGAAGAAGUGCUGCGUCACCCGUGGAUCUCUGGGUCUGCUCCGAGAUCGAGUAUGACGCUGAACCCGAACAUCUUCUCGAGCUUGAAGCGCUUUACGGGCAACAACAAACUCAAGAAGGCUGCUCUUGGCGUCAUUGCUGACUUGGCUACUGAAGGAGAGAUUGCUGAACUCAAGAACCAGUUUAUGGCGAUUGAUACCGACGGCAACGGUGUCAUUACCGUGUCUGAGCUGGCCGAGGCUCUGCGUGAUACUGGGCUCGGUAUGAUUGAGGAAGAGGUGCUGGAGCUGGUCAAGGGCAUCGAUAUCGACGGAGACGGACUUGUCGACUACCCGGAGUUCCUGGCGGCCACCAUGAAGCGUAACCUGGCCAACCAGAAGGAGCAUCUGAUCAACGCAUUUAAUUAUUUCGACACGACCAACACGGGCCACAUCACCAAGGCUGACCUCGUACAGUUCAUGGGCAGCGAAGAGCAGGCGCAGGAAAUCAUCAACGAAGUGGACGCCAAUGGAGACGGAGUCAUCAGCUUCGAGGAGUUUGUGGCCAUGAUGAACCGCAAGGGAUACGGAGACGACUCGGAGAUGGAUAGUCUGGACGACAAUAGCUUCCUUUCGGCACAGUUCAACAGCGACAACGUCUCCAUCGUCAAGGAGACUGAGCUGUAGGCCAGAUACAAGCAGAGGAGACAACAUAGUCGCUGGACGAAUUAACAACAGAAAAAUCGCCUUGUUGGGCAUCAUUUUGUAUCAA